UACGUAGAAAGAAAUAUGGAGUACGUCGACAGUCCAAGCUAUUUUCAAAUGAUUUGGGCUCCAAUAGCUUCCGUAGGAUGGUAUAUUAUAGGUCUCGCAAUUAUUUUAUGCUACACAUUUCCACAUAUUCAAAAGAGGUAUAAGAGCUGGAGACUUAAAAAUCAGGAUAAUGUUGCAUUUGGCAAAAAGACUGAUGACUUACCACAACUGUCGGCUAAUGUAGAACUAUCGCGACAGAAGAUGCAAGAAAUAUACAACAAAAAUUGUGCCUUGGCACAAAUAAAGAGGAAGAGGUAUAAAGAGAAGAAGAGACAGAAGGUUUUAAAAUUAUUGGAAAAUAAAAAUGUGGGUACCAAGCUAGGUAAUUCAAAGGAUGACGAUACACCUAGUACAAGUGGAACAAAAUCAAAUGCAUUUAAAUCAGAGUAUAGUCCUUUAAUGGGUGACAAUUCUCGCGGAUAUCGGCCUCCAAAACGUUCUUGUUGUAAAAAGGGUGGAUGUGGUUAAUUGCAGUUUUACAAGUUCUGGGAAAACUGCAUCUAUUUUUGCAAAACAAAAUUAAGAUCUUGAACAUAAAAAAAACACCGAUAAUCGACGCGAAUUAAAUCUAUAUACUUAAAAUGCAUUAUUAUAUUCUAUGUUUACAAUUAAUAAAUUAAGUUUAUUAUUUGUUAAAAUGUGCAAUUCUUAUGCAAAUAUCAAUUUAUUACUGCAUUUUUAAGUAAGUAUUCAUAAAUUAAGAAAUAAGAUUGACUUUAUCAAAGUUAAUAUAGGAUUUAUAUAUUUAUACAUCGUUCACACAUCGAUUAUUUUAGAGAGUUACUAGAUUUCUUUGCUAUUAUAUUGAAGGAGAAGAAAUAAACAAUACAGCAUGGACGACGCUUCAAUUUUCAACAUUACCUUUUAUUAAUCGUUAUCAGUAUAAUACGUAAUGAUAUAUAUCAGCAUAUGUCGCUUUAUACGUGUAUGUGGUACUUGACAAUAGCAACUGUUACAAAUUA